AUGGACCGCACCACAGGCAGCCCGUUGGAACUUGCGAACGACAGGUUGGACGAAGAUGCGCCUCAUUGGCGGAGCCACGUUGGGUCUAUUCUGCUCUCUGAGGCCAUGAUAAACGCCCGCGUCUCGGAGCUUGGUCGCCAGAUCAGUGCUGACUACAGUCGCAUCGCCCCAGAGUUUGUCAUUAUAGGCAUUCUCACCGGCAGCUUUAUUUUUCUUGCUGAUCUCGUACGGAAGAUUACCCACCCAGUGCGAAUUUACUUUGCACGCGCUAAAUCAUAUGCUGGAACACAUUCCACUGGGUCCGUAUGGCUGCAUGACUUUGAUUUGUUGGACGUCCGCGAUAAGCAUGUGCUCGUCGUUGAGGAUAUUGUCGACACAGGCAAGACACUCAAGGCAAUUCACGAAGAACUCGGGCGUCGCGGCGCCUUAAGUGUGCACUUUUGCGCCUUUAUCUCGAAACAAACAGAACGCAAAGACGAAGGGGUACCAGAAGUGCGAUACGUGGGAUUCGUCUGCCCCGAUCGAUUUGUAGUCGGUUAUGGUCUAGAUUGCGAUGAGCGGUUUCGCCAACUUCCGUUUGUUGGCAUCUAUCGACCGUGA